CGCAUCUUACUGCGUGAGCACAAGCAUGCAGCGGGUUCUGUAGAGCUGCUUGUCAAAGGCAGAGUACAGGUGUAAAAGAUUUAGUAGAUGUUUGUUAUCACAGUAUAGUUUGGAUUGUCCUUGGUUAAACUUCACUGCCAUGGAAAAUCAAACUUGCAGCUCCCCUACGGAAGCUUCACAUUUGGAUGGUUUAUCUAUUUAUCAAGCGGUCUUAGGGGUUCUCAGUGCAGCGCUGAUCAUCUCACUGGCAUGGAAUAUUUUUUGUUGUGUAUCAAAAUGUGGCUCAGGAAAAUGGAGAUGUCCACUGAGAAGACGACAAAGUCAGAGCUUGAGGCAGAUGGAAGAAAAUCCUAUUUAUGGAAACUUAAGCUACCUGCAAACAAGCGUAACUUUGUUAACAGAAGACAAUCCCCCUCACUCAUCACUCAGCUCUUCAAAUGGGAAGUAUCAGCGGAGAGUCAGAUCAGACUUACAGUCUAAAAACCACGACUGCUAUGCCAACCUGACCUUAAAGGGCCCCAGGCUGCAGGCUGGUCACAGCUGUCCGCAGAUACAGUACUCAGAUGUAAUGCAGUUAGGGGAGCCACCGGAGUCAGAGAAGGAGGAUGACGGUAACACGGAUGCACUCUCCACCGUGUCUGAUCUGUAUGCUUCUGUGCAAACUCAGCGAACAAAAACCAUUGACUCUGCAGACAAUGAGGAAGGCUAUGCCAACCAUCUCUGAGACGUGCACAGCUGCUGAUGCUGAAAUGCUGUUUUUUUCAGGCCUGAUCUGUCACCACAGGAUGUCAGUGUUUGUCAUUAUAUGAAAAAUGGAAACGCGUCUGUGCAGUUGUGAAGUAGGCUAAGUGCUGCACUUUUCUGAUUCAUCGGCUCUCAAACUAGUUCUGACACGAGCCACUUGCAGAAGCUAACAAGAUGACGGGACCCACAAUUUCAAACAAUUAUUAAUAAUAAACAGGAUCCCAGUGGAGUUUUACUUAAGUAAAGCUCAGAGUAAUAGCAUUCACAAACUCUUUUUGCGUUUGUUAAAUUAAAAAGAAAAGAAAAUUCAUGUUCUUUUAACUCCCUGACAGUUUGAGAAUCACUGCUCUGCCUGAAUGUGAAAGUUUUAAUAUAAAAUGUGUAUUUUAUGUAACAUUUCAAUGACAUUUUUUGGUGGACUUGUUUUUUGAUGGUGCAUUGAAAGCUAAUUAAGUACAACAUAUCUAUUUUUUGUUUUUUACAAAAUGACACAGUAAUUAAUUGUGUAAUAUUUGCUCUAAUAAAAUAAAUGAUUAUCUACGA